UUCCGCUGCAGGUUUGACACAUGUUGAAACGGGAAUUCUUCAAUAACGCAGUCAAUUCUUCACAUAUUUAUGCGAUUGGUAUCUCACCCAUUCCGCUGCAUACGUUAGUUAGAAAGUUUUGAAAAUGGAUAUGAAACUUGGCGUACUUACCCUGGUAUUUGGUUUGAUUUCCUACGUGUUCGGUGGAGAGUUGACAUUUGAGCUGCCAGACAACGCUAAACAAUGCUUUUACGAACAUAUCGACAAAGGUGUCGAGUCAACACUGGAGUUCCAGGUGAUAACUGGAGGUCAGUAUGAUGUUGAUAUGGAACUGACAGCGCCCAACAAACAGGUUCUGUACAAGGACGUAAAGAAACAGUAUGAUAGCUUCACGUGGACUCCAGACCAGAAAGGCAUUUACCAGUUCUGCUUCAGCAAUGAAUUCUCCACAUUUUCCCACAAAGUUGUAUACUUUGACCUCCAGAUUGGAGAUGAAAAGCCUCUUUUCGAUGCGGACUCUGGCAGUAAACAUCACACUGCCAUGACACUGAUGGAGUCUGCAUCAGAAGAUAUUCACGACGCACUGAACAAUGUUGUGGAAGUACAGACGCAUUUCCGACUUCGCGAGGCCCAGGGUCGUGUGUAUGCUGAGAACCUGAAUGAACGAGUGUUUUACUGGUCACUGGGCGAGUUCCUUAUCAUCAUGUCCAUUGGAAUCGGACAAGUUUUCAUCCUUAAGGGAUUUUUUACAGACAAGAAAACCACCAGUGGGAUCCUGACUUCUUGAUUGUUAACAUCUUCUAGUUAAUUCUGUGUGAUAAAGAUAAGUUGUAUGUUUAGGUGUGAAAACAAAUAGGGAAAUUUAUAAUUUUUGAAGUAUUGAUGUUUAAGUGUAGCAAAAUGACAUGCCAUACUAAGGAUAUGAAGUUAAAAUGAAUGAUGAAUUUUAAACAAAAAUUACAGAAUUCUACUGAUUUAAGAAAAACACACACAGAAUUUUUUUUGUCUUAAUCACCAUCUCAUCUUUCACCGUAUGAUAUAUCAGAUAAAAAAAAUCGAUUAAAUUUAUACACGUAUUUAACGUGAUGGGAAAUCAGGCAGUAACUAAAGAACUGUUGUGUAAGCUAUAGUGAUUGGGUAUUGUUUUGUAGAAAUUCCAUGUACUACAUUUAUAUUUGUAUUUAAAUGAUAAUUGUGUUUAUUAAGAAUGGACUUUUUCUUCAAUACUGUUCAACUUCAUUUCUUUUCUUGUAGUCAGUAAAAUCUGGUUGUUAUAAUCAUCAAGAUUGAGACUGAUGAUGAAAUCAGUUUGAUUUCUUUUCAAAUCAAUCAUUGGGAUUUUAAGUCAUGGAAAUAAAGCACUUUUUACAAGAUAAAAUCAGUGUUCAGAACAGUCUUGUUGACAAAUUUUGUUUUUUCACUGAAGUAGAUAACUAAGUGAAAACACAUACUUUACAGUCGGAGCUCACUUGAGAAUCAUUAGCUUGGGAUAUUGAAUGGGAAUCAGGAUCAAUUAUCCCUUCACUGGGCAAUAUAACUAUAACAUUUCACAAUAAAGUACAUAAAAAGCCACCUGUUUGUGAUCUGGAUCAGAACCACCAUAAAUAAUCCUGCCUAGGUAUAGACCAAAAAGGAAAAAUGAUAAAAAAGACUGGAAAUAAUUUCUAUUUGUGAUAUUUGACAAAAUUGAACAAAAAUUAUUGUUGUUUACUGUAGAGUAAGUGAUUUUUGUGUUUUUUUUGUAAUGUUUUAAUUGAAUGCAGAAUAAAAAUUCAUAUCAUGAUCACUUUAUUCAUUUAUCUAAAGUUUAAUAAAUAUAAGAAGUUAAG